AUGAGAAUAGUUGGAUCACUAGUAAGACUCUUGCCACGAAAUUCGUGGAAUUUGCAAGCUGAACGAUUAGCGCAUGCAUUGGCAAAAGUCCCAUUAAAGAAACGUGGGGUCGAUGGAUUUUUGCCGGAAAAUUAUCUCGAUAACAAGGCAGUCCUCCUCUACUUCUCAGCUGGAUGGUGCGGAUCUUGCAAAUUUCUUACACCAAAAGUCAAGAAAUUCUAUGAUGCUGUAAAAGAUGAUAAAACUCUUGAGAUUGUUUGGAUUUCUAAGGAUAAGGAAGCGGACCACCAAAUCGAAUACUAUGAGAAAAACCUUCCAGCUUGGCCAUAUGUUCCAUUUGGAGAUGAAAAUAUAAUGAAGCUAACAAAACAAUACAAAACCGAAGUGAUUCCAGCUCUGAAAUUGAUCAACGCUAAUGGCGAUGUCGUCAAUGACCGCGCCCGUGCUGACAUUGAGGCUGCCAUCAAGGCCAAUCCAAUGGAUACUUACCAAAAAUGGAAAAAGCUUCUUGGAUUAUAA